AUGGCUUACGCCGCAGGAGCCAAGAUUCUCAAGGAUGCCGGCGAGCAGGCCACUGAUUGCGAGAAGCAGCUCUCCGCCGCCCUCGUCGAGGUCGAGAACAACGCCGCUGCCGACCUCAAGGCUGUUCUCAAGGAGCUUUACUUCAAGUCCGCCAAAGAAUUCGAGGUUGGAUCCGGCCGAAAGGCCAUCGUCCUCUUCGUCCCCUUCCCACAGGUGAAGUCGUGGCAGAAGAUCCACCAGAAGGUCGUCCGAGAGCUUGAGAAGAAGUUCUCUGGCAAGCACAUCGUCAUCCUCGCCCAGCGACGAAUCCUCCCCAAGCCCACUCGAAAGACCCGAAACCAGAAGCAGAAGCGACCAUUCAGCCGAACCCUCACCAACGUCCACGACAAAAUCCUCGAGGAUCUUUGCUACCCCGCUGAGAUCGUCGGUCGACGAACUCGAGUCCGACUCGAUGCUUCCCGACUUCACAAGGUCCAACUCGACAAGAACCAGCAGACCGAAGUUGAGCACAAAUUGGACACUUACACCUCUGUGUACAAAAAGUUGACCGGUAAGGAAGUCGUCUUCGACUUCCCCGAGCAGCUAAACGGACCACUCGAAAUGGCCCUCGUCAGCGCUGACAAGUUCCAGCACAUCCUUCGUGUCCAGAACACCAACAUUGAUGGUCAGCGAAACAUCCAGUUCGCCAUGACUGCCAUCAAGGGUAUUGGACGACGAUUCUCCAACAUCAUCUGCAAGAAGGCCGAUAUCGACAUCACCAAGCGUGCCGGUCAGCUCGAUGACGAAGAGAUCAAGCGAAUGGAAACCAUUAUGCUGAACCCCCGUCAAUACAAGGUCCCAGACUACUUCCUUAACAGACAGAAGGACGCCAAGGACGGUACCUUCACCCAGGUCAUCUCCAACGGUCUCGAAACCAAGCUUCGAGAAGAUCUUGAGCGCAUGAAGAAGAUCCGAUGCCACCGAGGUCUUCGACACUACUGGAUGCUCCGAGUCCGAGGUCAGCACACCAAGACCACUGGUCGACGUGGCCGAACCGUCGGUGUCUCCAAGAAGAAUAUGUCUGAUAAAAAUGAGAUCUCCCUGGAGGACGAGGUUCUAGACAAAGUUGUCAAAUACAGAUGGCUUCUCUCAGUGCUGAUGGGCCCUGUGUGGGGAUUUCUAGGGCUCCAGGGGAUCUUCGGAAUCGCGUUGUAUGGCCUUAUCAUAACGAUGUUUUCGCUAUCGAUUGUUCGCCAGACUGGUGAGGAGAACGUUGAAAAAGUUGGAGGAUUCACGGUCAUCGCAAAGGAAGGAGGCAUCACUGCCAUGGGCGUUUUCAUGGUGACCUGGAUAUCCGUCCAUACGAUGCUUCAAUCGAGCUAA